CCAUCGGUGCCACCGCCUCCCGGAAAAGGGCGGUGCCGCACGACCAGGGCAGGGACGUCACUGCCCGCCGCCGGUGUCUGACGUGGCCUUCGCCUCGCAGCGGGAGCAGUAAUCAUGGAUCAGGUAAUGCAAUUUGUAGAACCCAGCCGUCAGUUUGUAAAAGACUCCAUACGACUUGUUAAAAGAUGCACCAAGCCUGACAGGAAAGAGUUCCAGAAGAUUGCCAUGGCAACAGCAAUAGGCUUUGCAAUAAUGGGAUUUAUUGGGUUUUUUGUAAAAUUGAUCCACAUACCAAUCAACAAUAUCAUUGUAGGUGGCUGAAUAUUCAUCAUGAAGAACAAGACAUUUUGACACUUGAUGCGAAGAUUUUACAGCUUUGUAACUUGUGUGCUAUUAAAGAAUCUCAGUUUGGGUUUCUCAAACA